AUGCUCGUGACGUUCGUCCUCGACACGAGCGCGUCCAUGAACCAGAGCACGAGCUCCGGUAUGACGCUGUUGGACUACGCCAAGUCGGCCGUCGAGCGCUUCGUCAAGCGCGUGCGCGACCCGAGUCGGCGGUACCAGCACCACUUUAUGCUGCUCUCGACGGGCAGCCGCGAGCACCGGUAUACCAAGAGCAAGUCAAGCGCCGACUACCGCGGCCGCGUGCGCGUGGGCUGGGACCAGUCCACGAACAAAGACGUGUUCCUGCGCGAGCUCAAGAACCUGCGGGCCGUGGACCUGAGCGACGUGGGCGCAGCACUGCAGCACGCGUUCGACCUCAUGAACCAAAUCCGCCUGCAGUUCAACUGGGACAGCUACGCGCUGGGCCGCACGCCGUGGAACACGAACGUGUCCGUGUGCGUGCUCCUCACGGACGCCACGAGGCUGUCGGACGCCGACGGACUGGUGCAAGACGCGCUCGUGCUCGCGCCGUCGCACGCCGUGGGCGCCGAUCUCACGCUCGAGCCUUUUCGGUGGGACCAGCGGCUGUUCACCGUCGCGCUCAAGCUCUCGGCCACGAUGAAAGGACAGCCGACGGUGCCGGUCGACUUGAUGGCCCUCAGUGAAGCCACGGGCGGCAUGCUGUACCUGCCGACGUCAAAGUCCGCCGUGGAGCAGAGCAUUGACCAGAUCAUUUUGAAGCUCAAGGCUGGGGCCGUGGUCAAGUUCAAGUGCGAAGCUGCUGACGGCGAGGCCGAGUGUCCCACGACGAGGAACAUUGUGGCACCGCUGCCGAGCGCCAAGGACUUUUGCUGGCCCAUUGCAGAAGCGUUUUGGCUCGACCGGAACACGGCCGCGCUGCCGACGCGCGAAGCACAUCCGACGCUCGUGUAUGCCAGAACGGUAGAGAAUGCGAUCGAGGCAGCAACGAGUCACAUGUUGCUCGAUACGCUCAAGUUCCCGGCAGACAGCUACAUGCUCGAGACGUCGAUUAGUCCGACUCCGAGUCGCGGGCAGCGAUGGCUGGUGUAUGUCCAAGGUAGCAAAGGUGACGGACGACUUGGAGACCCGAUUGGCAUCCUUCGUGCUCCGAGCUCGAGCCUUGGGACCCCGUCUCUGAAUGCAGUGCUCGUGCUGCUGCCGUACAACUUCCCCAAGCUCUUUUCGCUCCUUGUGGAAGUUGCCCGGGUGUACCAAGCGAGCGGACAGAACAUCAACUCCGCGUCGAGCACAUGGAUGUUCCAAGCCAAGGCCAUGCCAUCGUCGUGGCGCGAGUCGUUCUCGUCGUACUUGAAUGGAUGCCCGAUCUACUACUACGCUCCGCUGAAGAAGGCAUUGCGCAAGUACAACUUGCAUGAUAUGGUGCCAGAGGUCCAGGAUUCAGGGCGGAGCUACCAGAUUUCGAGUUUCCUGAAUCGCCUGCGAGAACAAGCGAUAGCAGAGAGUGAUAGCAACAACAAACUAUUCUCGCGGGGGAAUCGAAGCGACCUUGCCAACGCUGCGUCAGGUUCGCGCAGCAGUGGCAUCGCCGAAUCGUCUCAAUCUGCGUCGCCUGUUGCUUGCAAAGACUUUGGCGGGACGAGCCAAACUGACGCAAAUCUGGACGCUAUUGCAAACAUGUCGCUCCAAGAACUGCGUGCUGCCUAUCAGAAAAGCAAAGCGCUUUUCUUCGAGAAGUCGUCUAAGCGCCAGUUUCAGAUCGCUCUGCCACGCGCAACGGAUGCAAAGGCGCCACUAAAGCUCGCGCCCGGUUGGCGUGCGGCAGAGGAGGAUGAAAAGCAUCGCCAGCCCAUUGAUGUUAUGAGCGACUAUGAAGCGCGACUGAUCAAGAAAGAGGCACUUCGCAAUCCUCUCGCGGAAGCUGAGCCGGACGAGGAUACCCCAACGGGGCUGCGGCGGCGCCAAUUGUCGUUCAAUCUUGGCAACCCGUACAAAAAGAGCUCGUCCAAGGCGAGCAACGUGUACCAAAACGAAGCUGCAGACGAAGCAGCGACACUCGGAGGCCAUCCGUCAAAGCGCCAGCGUACGCGCAAGCGAUCUUCUCAGCUGAAACGGGACAAAAAGCACUCGAAACGCUCCCACCGCAUGCACGGCUCGCCGUCGUUUAACUCGUCGCCGGGCUCGCCUUCUCACUCGCCGAGCUCUCCUGUUUCGAGCACUUCGUCGACAGUGUCGUCGCCGGGCCGGAGUGACGGCGGUGACUCGGUGAUGACCGACAGCUCGGGGGGAUCAAACUACUCUGUGAAGGCCGAGGCAGCUCAGAUGCUGGGCAUCCCUCUCCACGACGGCGACUUUGUCGAGGAUGAGAAGAACAGCAGCUUUGUUCGACUGGUCUAUGGUGUGUUGGCAGAGAAUUGGGAGUCAUGGAGCACCGUCAUCCGUCUCAUCAAGGCUCGUUCGACCACGCAACAGGAAAAGGAUUUUAUUGUGAGUGGUUUGCGCUCGAUGAAGGGCGGACCAACGGCAGUGAAGACGUACAUCGAGCAAGCAAUUUGGCAUUCGAAACAGUUCCGUCAGAAAACGCUCGAGCAGCAGCUGACUGAUUUGCUCGAUGAAGUGACCAAGUCAAAAGCUCAAGCGUCAAUACCCGAUGACUCCAAGAAUGAAGCAGCGUAA